AUUGAAUUGCAAUUACCAUUUUUUCAUGCAGUAACCUGCGUAGGAAUUAGACUAUGUGCAGAGUGGCUACGGUUGGAUUGGACAAUAUGGCUGCUCCUUUUGUUCGAAAUUGUUACAACUGCGGGUUGCCGGGUCAUUUCUCGAGGGAGUGUCCUCAUCCUAGGAGGGUGCCGGCUACUGGUGCUAAUGCCACGGCUGUUAGUACUCUACUUGCUCUGCCGGCUCCGACGGCAUAUGCGGCUGCACCUGAGACGAUCCAGGCUCCUGCCCCAGCCUUUGCUGCGCCCAGCUAUGAAAGAGGUGGUGGCGGGGGGUACUGGAGGCAAACACUUGAUCGAUGCGCAGCGUUUGUUGACAAAGCGGAGGCCAAGGCGGUGAAAGAGCAAGAAGAAGAAAGACGUAAGGAAGUACAGAAGGAGAGAGAGGAGUCUGAGGCGAGAAUGGGAGAGAGACUCGAGAACCGUUUGACCUCAAUAUAUGGACCGGGUGGUCCUGCUGGGGGGAAGGCUCAAGUGGUAGCGGCGGUUGAAGCACCUGGUCAAAGCAAAGAAAGCGAUGAGGUGACUAGGCUGAAACGUGAGAACGAAGAGUUCAAACGAAGACUGGAGAGGGAGAGUAGCAGCAGCGAAGGUUUGAUCGGCAGAAUAUUGAGAGAAAACGAAGAGCUAAGGAGGAGGGCUGGCUUGGCUCGGGAUAACGUAGAGGGCAAUUUGGAUAAGCUAAUGAAGGAGAUACAGGAACUUCGCGAGGAAAGGAAGCUUGACAAGGACAUAUUAGAAGGACUGAAGUCGGAAAUCAGUAUGUUGAGGAAGGAGAAGCAACUAUCGAUGGAGGAAACGGAGAUGUGGAGGAACGAGGCCUUGAGGCCGGGCAACAAACGGGGUACUAUAAGCAUUGGGACACCGGACUUUUCUACACGUGCUCGUCAACGGAUUAUGGAAUCGCCUAACAAGAACUUCAGGGAAGAGUUGCGGUUGAUGAAGGACAAAGAGUAUUGUGCGCUAAGGGAGGUUGAAGCACUGAAACAGAGGAGGGCCGAGUCGGAAGCCAGAAAACUGGAUGCGGAAGCUCGCAGAGUCGAGGCCGAAGCUGAGGUGGCGAGACUGCGGGAGCAGGUAGAGAAGUUAUCUACUAAGGAUGCGCGUUUACCAACGGAAGGUACAAAUCUGAAAAGCCGCUUGGAAGCUGUGGUGACAAGUGGGCGCAAGACAGUAAGGAGAGGUAGGCCGAGGGCUACCCCUUCGAAAACACCGAGGGCUGAGAGCUUGGCUACUGUUGAGAAUGACCGGUUUGUCUUCUUGCAGGAAGAGAGGAAGAAACUCAGGGCUCUCAUUUGUUGUCAGGAACAAGACCUGUUUGAUUUGGAAAGCUCCCACAUGUUCCUUGAAGGGUUGAGCAUGGAUGUGGCUGCUACAACGUUCCAGAACAUGUCACACUAGAGUAAAACAAAACACAACAG